GGAAGUUUGUUACUAGUUAAACGAGCCGCCUGCUUGUCUCCGCUGGAAGGAGGGUUUUGUAAACUGCAGCUUUGUACUGCGCCGUCAGCUGGCGCUUCGAGUUAUUUUAAAGAGGGGCCGUAUGUGUGUGCGUGUGUUUGCGGAUCGCGAGCGAUCCGACCCGAGAGUCCGGCGUCUCCGAGACACAGACAGAGAGAGACACAGUCUGCUUGUCCGUCCGUCCGUGGGUCGGUCGUUACCGCACACUCACAACCUAACUCGGAUUCUGACCUACUAGUACUACUAGUCUUUUUUUUUUUUUUAAAGCAGCGCGGCCGCUUUUUACUACACAGCCGCCGCUGCCUUCUGUUCUGGCGACUUUCGAGCGGUUCUUUGCGUGUCGUGUGUCGGGCGCCGUCCGCGAUGCCGGGCUUCGAUUACAAGUUUCUAGAGAAACCCAAGAGGCGCUUCCAGUGUCCUCUGUGCAGCAAGACAAUGAGGGAACCUGUACAGGUUUCUACGUGUGGACACCGCUUCUGUGACACGUGUCUGCAAGAAUUCCUAAGUGAGGGAGUCUUCAAGUGCCCAGAGGACCAGCUGCCCCUGGAUUAUGCCAAGAUCUAUCCAGACCCAGAGCUGGAACAACAGAUCCUGGGACUGACGAUCCGCUGCAUUCACAGUGAGGAGGGAUGCCGUUGGACAGGCCAGGUGAAGCAGUUGCAGGGCCACUUUUCCACCUGCGCAUACAACGUGAUCCCCUGCCCCAACCGUUGCUUGGCCAAGCUGACACGCCGCGACCUGCCGGGCCACCUGCAGCACGAUUGCAGCAAGCGUAGGAUGCGCUGUGAGCACUGUGCUGGCGACUUCACCGGACAGGCAUACGAGGACCACCAGGGUACAUGCCCCCAGGAGAGUGUGUACUGUGAGAACAAGUGUGGAGCGCGGAUGUUACGGCGUCUGCUGACCCAGCACAGUGCGACUGAAUGCCCCAAGCGUACACAGCCCUGCAGGCACUGUGGCAAGGAGUUUGUGUGGGAUACCUUGCAGAACCACCAGUUCCACUGCCCACGAUUCCCAGUGCCAUGCCCACGCAAGUGUGGGGUGGUCAGCGUGGCCAGGGAGGACCUGGCUGCCCACAUGCGAGAUGGCUGUGGCAGCAUCCUUGUGCUCUGCCCUUUUCGGGAAGCUGGAUGCAAACACAGGUGCUCCAAGGUGGCCAUGGGUCAUCACCUGGAGAACAUGGCCAAGGCCCACCUGACGCUGAUGUGUGGGUUGGUGAGCCGCCAAAGGCAGGAGAUUCUUGAGCUGCGGCGACAAGUAGAGGAGCUGUCAUCGGGUCGUGUCGGCACCCUCGUGUGGAAGUUGUGCGACUACACGCGGCGACUGGCGGAGGCGCGACAACGUGGCAACUUGGAGUGUCUGAGCCCCGCCUUCUACAGCCACCGCUAUGGAUACCGGCUGCAGGCUUCAGCAUUCCUGGAUGGAAAUGGGAGUGGUGAGGGUACGCACCUGUCUGUCUACAUUCGCGUACUGCCUGGUGAGUAUGACAGCCUACUGGAGUGGCCCUUCCCCUGUCGUGUCACCUUUUCUCUGCUGGAUCAGAGUGACCCCUCUAUCUCCAAGCCCCAGCACAUCACAGAGACCUUCAGCCCUGACCCAAACUGGAAAAAUUUCCAGAGGCCCCAAGCUGGAGGAAGUAGGGCCUCCCGUGACUCGAUGGAUGAGAGCACCCUCGGAUUUGGCUAUCCCAAGUUCAUCUCCCACGAGGAGAUCCGAAAGAGAAACUACAUCCGAGAUGAUGCCAUCUUCCUGAAGGUCUCUAUAGAGCUGCCUCAGAAGAUCAUUGCCUGAGUCCUUUCUAAUGUUUGUGGGAACACCAAGAGGAGAGUAGAAUCUGGACAAUUACUUGCCACUUGCUGUAACGGGGUGUAAAGAUGUCAAGUGGAUACUGAGCCAAUUUGAUGGGGUUUAUUGUAACCAAAAAAAAAAAAAAAUCCUUGAGUGUUGGUGGAUGCAUUGUACUUUAUUAUUGACAGCAUUUUCACCACUCUUUGUAUGAAGCACUGUGAAAGAGGGUUGGAUAAUGGAGGAAGAGCAUGUGAAGUGUGCUGGGUAUCCCUGCCUAGUUCUUAUCUCAAGAAGAAACGUGGACAGUGGAAAGAGCUGAGUGGAACAGCCGCUCCAAUUCCAUACAGAUGGAGGUAGAAGGAUCAAGACCCAGAUGACACUACUGCCUCACAUGGCACUGGCUCAAAGACCAGUGAACUUUUUUUUUGGCCGAUUCCCUGCACAAUUUGUGUGAAAGGGCAAAGCUGAGGGAGAUACAAGGAGCAAUGAGGAGUAGCAGUAGAAACAUUGCAAAUGGCUCUUUAUAAGGAAGAAUCAAUCCCUGUGGACUCCUCUGUCAAGGGCAAAUGCUUUCAAAUGCUAUCUGUUCUAAUUCUGUAACUGAAGUUGUUCACAGAGCCUUUAUAGCUGCCAAUCAUGUGUUUCAGACCUACUUCCCAGGAAUAUUCAUAAACUGGACAGAAAGGGACUGAAAUGGUUGGAGUCUGGAGUCUGCAGAGCCACCCUUCCCAGGAGGAUUGACAGCUGCCUUAUGUUGGUGCAGUAGGCAGACAGAGGCAUCCUUCUCAGUGUCUAAAUCUGACACUUUAUAGGAUUCACACUUACACAACAUCAGUUCUUAACAGAUGCAUUUACCCACAUCAAAAGUCUUUCCCCCCCUUUCCUCCAGUUACCAACUGCCCAUUUUACUGAAACAAUUGAGAUGAAUGCCUGAGCUCCAGGAAGCAAAAGCACUUCCCUUCCUGGGACCAAAACCUUUUCUAGAACCUUAAAGGUCCUCCCUCCGUUGAGGCCUAAGCCUGGCACAGCUUCAGCUCCUGUGGUGCUACCUGCCCUACCUCACAGCCAGUUUUCAGGGACUUGGUGGACAGUAGUGUGGUGGUGUCUCUCUCUGGCCCCUAUCCAUUGGCAGUGACCUGUAGCAUAUUUCUCAUGU